GUAGCAGCUCGACGUCUUCCCUCGGGCGCCUGCAAAGGGACGCCUUGUCCGAUUUCGUUCUCGGACCGUCAAACGGGUGGCCUUGAACUGGUCGUGGAAGACGCUCGGCCUCUCGACUGAGCGAGCGGACCGCUUCGGUUCAAGCGACGAGGCUUUAGCCAGCGCAGACUGGCCUGGAUUGGUGUGGGGAAAACCCAACCUUUUUAUGCUCCGAGUCGGAGGCACAGCUGAAAUCCGCACACGGUGUCAUUCUUUUCUAAUGCAGGAUAUGAAUACUGAAAGAAAGAGCAGAGUUCUUUUUAUUUUGACAAAUUGUUUUGGAAACUACCUUGUCUAAAGGAAUGGAUUGGAUAACUGCAAGACAGAACAGUGUAGACUGCGAAAACGAGAACCUCAAAUGUUGUCAAGUCGAUGCGACGUUUGGGUGAGUGCAAAGGUGGAGAAGUGAUUUGCUGACGGGUCCUCCCUUCUUAGUGGGAGGGACGAUGACUAGCAAAGCUUUUGAGGAAAGUGAUCUUAAUGGGCAUUAUAUUGCGAGUUGCUGUGGAAAGAUUGAGACUGCAGGAAUAUGGUAGUCAUUUCUUGACUCGUCAUUGGUAGAACGAAGAGGGGAAGCGGGCGGCGUUCCAAUAUGCUUUGCGUUAGUGGGUAUUGAAUCCAAAAGCAAAGAGCUGACAUGAGUGAAUAAAGCCAUCGUUUCAUUUCUUUCCAGGGUUUGCUCUCCGAGCCUUUGUUGACAAGGGGUAGAGACGGCUGGAUACCGCUCGCUGGGAAUUUCCGCCUAUUUUUAAUAGUCCCACAAAUUGAAAAUAUCUGAGUGCAAAUACUUACUUUCUACGUACCCCAACAUUGUCUAGAAAGCAGCCCGUUGUUUGGCUGCCUUCCGAUUGGGAAAAGUGGACUGCACGGAUAAACAAUUGCGAUGGUGGUGAACGUGAAGCUAAUGGAGGUGACGAAGAAGAAGGCGGCGGGUGCUGUGCGCACGGUUGUCAAGCGAGUUCCGUUCAAGGAAACGCAGAACCCCCCCCAAGAGACGACAGGGUGGCGUCAUGAGGGGAAGGCGGCGCAGGUGAGUCGGCUGAGAUUCAGCCGGAUCUCUGCUGAAGAAGAGCGACGGGAUCAGGAUACGUUCCGGGUGAAGGACCGGACCACCGGACCCCUUUGGAUGGACAGACACGCCUGGCUUGCUUGACAGCGACUCCAGGCCAGUGGACAGUCAUGGGCUGUUUGGGAGGGAAGACGGAUGAAGAACGACUGGAAGACAAAGUCAAACGAGACGCCAACAAAAAGAUCGACAGACAACUACAAAAAGAACGACAAGCGUAUAAAGCUACACACAGACUCCUGCUGCUCGGAGCAGGAGAAUCUGGUAAAAGCACAAUCGUCAAGCAGAUGAGGAUUCUCCACGUUGAUGGGUUCAAUGCUGAAGAGAAGCAGCAGAAGAUUCAAGACAUCCGAAAGAAUGUGAAAGACGCUAUCGUGACCAUAGUGUCAGCUAUGAGCACGUUAACUCCGCCCAUGCCUCUGGGUAACCCUGUCAACCAGUUUCGAGUUGACUACAUCAAGGGCAUUGCACCGCUAUCUGACUUUGAAUACACAGAGGAGUUUUUUGAGCAUGCUCAAAAGCUUUGGGAGGACGACGGCGUGAAGGCGUGUUACGAACGCGCUAACGAAUACCAGCUGAUUGACUGCGCUCAGUACUUCUUGGAUCGUUUGGACUCUGUGAGAAGGGCCGACUACACCCCUACUGACCAGGAUCUGCUGCGCUGUCGAGUUCUGACUUCAGGGAUUUUCGAAACCAGGUUUCAAGUGGACAAAGUCAACUUUCAUAUGUUUGACGUGGGAGGACAGAGGGAUGAACGCAGGAAGUGGAUCCAGUGUUUCAAUGAUGUGACAGCCAUCAUCUUCGUCGCUGCCAGUAGCAGCUACAACAUGGUGAUCAGAGAAGACAACUCAACAAAUCGACUGCAAGAAUCUCUGGACCUCUUCCGAUCCAUUUGGACAAACAGGUUUUUGAAGACGAUCUCGGUCAUUUUGUUCCUGAACAAACAGGAUGUGCUUGCUGACAAAAUAUUGACUGGGAAAUCCAAACUGGAGGAUUAUUUCCCUGGAUAUGGCAACUACACACUCCCUCCUGAUGCUGUUCCGGAUACGGAUGAAGAUAGCAGGGUGACCAGAGCAAAAUUCUUUAUCAGAGAUGAGUUUCUGAGGAUCAGCACGGCGAGCGGUGACGGCAAACAUUAUUGUUAUCCACACUUCACGUGCGCCGUGGACACCGAAAACAUUCGGCGCGUGUUUAAUGACUGUCGGGACAUCAUCCAGCGCAUGCACCUGCGACAGUACGAGCUCCUCUGAUUGGCCGCUGGCCGUCCGCUUCCUGCACCGAGUCAGCUAACCUUAUCGCUCAUCACUCAUUCCGAAUUCCAACCGGGGCGGAAAAUCAUUCCAUUUCACUUUAGGCGUUCAAAGAAGCAUUUAUUAACUACAGUUGUAUCUUUGUUUAAUUUGUCCUUGCCAGCAAUUAGUGAUGGCGAGAUGAAGCCCGAUGGAGUUAAUUUCAGCCAAUUGGUUGGCGAAAGGCUUCAUUUCUUGAAGCUUUGUAUGCACAUGAUACCACCUGCUGGCCACGUAUGUCAUUACAGACAGCUGGCUCUUCACGUGUGACGGACGCAUUGAAUUGUGACAUCUGUUUUGGCUCCUGGGAAUGACUGUGUACUGCAAAACAUGUAUGAACUGAUAGUGUAUGAUGAAAUAUAGUGACCAUUUUCU